AUGACCGGCGACAGCGGCGGUAGGGCCCUUCCGUUGGACGCCGCCGCUGGGGCGCGGAGGGACGGCGCGAGCGACUUCAUCGCCGUCGACGUGUGCGACGCUGCCCCGUUAGGCGCUGAGGCGCAGCCCGCGGAGGGUGCGUGGGGCGGCGGCGGCGGCGGCCUCCGGGAAAAGGACGCCGCACUUCUCGAGAUGACGGCGGGGACGGCCCCGCGGCGGCUCAAGCUGCUUGCCGCGCUGCUCUACGCCGCGAUGUCGGUCGGCAUCAUGAUGCUCACCAAGACCAUCCUCACCGAGUUUGACUUCCACUGCUUUAUGUUUGUGGGCUUUCUGCAGUACGCGGCCACGACGGUGGUCUCUUUGCUGCGCCGCCGCCAGGGCGCCGUGAGCUUCCCGCUGAAGGGCCUCGUGCGGAUCAUCCUCGUGGACCUUUUUCCGCUGCCGGUGGUGUUCGUGUUCAACACCCUCAGCGGGCUCGGGGCGACGCAGGCGCUGAACAUGCCGCUCUUUGUGCUGCUGCGCCGCCUCUCGAUUGCGCUGACGCUCCUCGGCGAGGCCGUCCUGCUGCGCUACCGGCACGACUGGGAGACCCGCGCCGCCGUGGCGCUCAUGAUCGCCGGCGCCGUCAUCGCCACAAGCCUCGAUGUGAGGGCCCCGCUGCGGGGGAUAUUGUUCGUGCUCGCGAACGACGCCUGCACGGCGCUCAACGGGGUCCUCACCCGCAGGAAGAUGGACGAGGGCCGGUUUAGCUCGGCGGGGAUCAUGUUCUACACCAACGCCUUCGCCGCCUGCUUCGCCGGCGUGCUGCUGCUCUGCGACGUGCGCCGCGAGCGCACCGCGCUGCGGCGCUUCGACGGCUGGACCCCCGCCCUUCUCGCGGCCCUCGCCCUCAACGCGGUCUCCGGCUACGGCAUCAGCUACGCGACGUACCUCUGCAUGAGGCUCAACUCCCCCCUCACGGUGUCGAUGAUCGGGGCCGGCAAAAACGUCGUCACGUCGUACGUCGGCAUGAUAUUCAGCGACUACGCCUUCACCGUGCCGUCCUUCGUGGGGGUGAACGUCUCGGUGCUCGGCUGCAUCGUCUACAGCCACCGCGAGUUUGUGCGCAUCCUGCGCCGCGAGGAGGGCGACCCCGCGCCCCCGCAGCAGCAGCAGCAGCAGCAGCAGCGCCCAGCGAAGGAGGAGGAGGAGGCGUGA